AUGGCCGCUCUGGAGUGCGAGGUCUGCGCGUCUCAUCCUUGCCAAUGCCCGCCUCAUUUAAAGAAACUCUUGGGCAAGCCUGGGGUCGGGAGGUACGAGAGCCAGGCUGGGUUGGAGAAGCCCGACAAGUGUUGGAUCAGAUGCAAUCCGGAGUCCAAGCUUCUGAGUUGCAUCGUGUGUUGCCCAGAGAACAGGUGUCGCCAGCCCAGGCACAACAAUAAGUUGGCAUUCGCCCUCAUGGGCCUCACCCAGGACGCUGCCAAUGGUAAUAUCGAGCCGGAGUCGGUCGGGCACCGCUUGCGCAACGUCGCCGAGGGGCCCGACGCCAACGACCUGUACAAAAACGGUAGGACUGGAUCUGAGAUGCACCCAAUGCUUGCCGAGGCAGUGUGGGCGUGGGAGCAGGCGCGCCGCCGCCGCACCCAUCAGCAGAGCUUGAGGUCGGCGCUGGCGUCGCAGGUGGGCGACGACGGCGCUUCCCCUGUGUCGUCUCGCAAACGAGAGGCGUGGACUCCCGAGACCGCCGAACACGUCGCUGCAGGGAAGAAGCGGCGGGAGCUGCAGCGCCAAGGCUUCUUGGACGCUGAGGCGGCGCCCUCGGGGUGCGAAAUGCCGGGGGGCUCCCCAGGCACCCCAGUUCCAGAUGAAGAUCUGGUCGCACUUGAUCUUGACGUCGUCCUUGACGAAUUGGCCGGGAUGGACGACAGCCCGGUGGACACGCGCGGCAUCCUGGAGGAACCGCCGAAGAGUGCAACGCAGAAGACCGACAAGUUCAAGCGAUCGUCAGGUUCAGCUGCUGGAACCGAACAUUCCUGA